AAAAAUUUUGUUUACUACUUAAAAGAAUUAGGAACAAAAAUUCACGUAAAAUUAAUUAUAUAAAUUAUCAACGAAAUACAAUGGCUUUAUUCAAUUUAUCGAGUGUAAGUGAUGCAUUACAAGAUGUCUCGGAUGAUACGAAAGGCGUUUCAUUCGUUGGAUUAGCGAGAAAAUGGGAAACAGAAGAAAAUGUUAAGGAAGUAGUUGAAGCUAUAAAUAAGUGUCCACAUCUCAAUUUCUUGAACUUGGAGGGUAAUACAUUAGGAUGUGAGGCAGCAAAACAUAUUGGAGAGGCAUUAAAGAAACAUCCAGAAUUCAAACGAGCUAUUUGGAAAGAUUUAUUUACCGGAAGAAUGAAAACUGAAAUUCCACCAGCACUUAUUGAUCUUUCUCAAGGCAUCAUGUUUGCAAAUGCACAAUUAACUGUGUUGGAUUUGAGCGAUAAUGCUUUAGGACCAAACGGAAUGACUGGAUUAGUUGAUCUCAUUAAAAGCUCAUCAUGUUAUUCUUUGGAAGAAUUGAGAUUAAUGAAUUGUGGAUUAGGCAUAACAGGAGCAAAGAUGCUUGCAAAAUCAUUAGGAGAAUGCUACAAAGGAAGUGUUAUUGCUGGAAAGCCAAUGGAACUGAAAGUUUUCGCUGCAGGCAGAAAUCGUCUUGAAAAUGAUGGAGCUAAAGCACUUUCAGCUGUUUUCGAAGACAUUCAGACACUUGAGGAGAUUACUAUUCCACAAAAUGGUAUUUAUCAUCAAGGAAUGGCUGCAUUAGCUGAAGCUUUAAAGAAAAAUCCUAACAUGAAAAUCAUCAAUUUUAAUGAUAAUACAAUAACAUCGAGAGGUGCAGAAGUGCUAGCUGAAGCAUUUUAUGCCAUUGAAAACUUGAUUGAGAUUAAUUUAGGCGAUUGUCUGCUAAAAGAUGAAGGUGGACAGACAUUAAGUGAUGUCCUUGCCGAUUGUCAUCCAGAUCUUGAAGUUGUUAAUUUGAGUGGAAACGAAAUCGGUCCAGAAGUUGGAAUAGCACUUGCCAACUCUAUGGGCCCAAAAGAAAGUCUGAAAAAAUUCCUUCUUGAUUCUAAUCAAUUUGGGGAUGAAGGUGUCGAGCAAAUCCAACAAAUUAUGGAAGAUUUUGGCAAAUUAGAUGUUUUGAGUAUCGAGGAUGAUGAAGGAUUAGCAGACGAUGAAGAUUGUGACGAGGAAAACGAUGAGACUGAAGAAGGAGAAGAAGAAGAAGAUUAUGAGGAGGAAAACGAGGACGACGAAGAAGUUGUCAUUACAGGAGUUUCGAAUCUUUCAGAAAGUAAGUUUGAGACAUCACUAGACAAUAGUAUAUUACUGAACAGUACAAAAAUCGAUGAGGAUGAUCCAGUUGCUGAGUUUUGCAAUGCAAAGGAACCAAAACUUGUUGAUUUCGAAAAGAUUACGGAUGAAGAUAAAUUGAUUGCCAUUAAAGACUUUCUAUCAAAUGCAACAGAAGAUGAUUACUUGACACAUCUUGUCUUUACAAUACUUAAACUUUCGUCAAUUAGUGAAGAGUCCAAAGAAGCACAACAGAUUGCUUUAGAGCUGUUCAAAGAGGCUUUUGAAUACGCCAAAACCAAAGAUCGUCUUAAGAGCGUCAGAAACUUUUUUCUGAUUCAGCUGGGCUUGCUGAAAUCUGAAGAGAAAAUGUUUAAACCAAAAUAUGAUAUAAAGUCAUGUCGAGCAGCACUGGAAAAUGCCAUAAACAACAAUUCAAUACCAGACGAGGAGAAAACAAUAUUUGAGUGCUUCUUAAAUGCAGCAAAGUAAACAAACACAAUUUAAUUCUUAUUUAAUUUCAUUUCUCGAUGUUCAGUUUGUUGAUUCCAUUAAUUAAUUAACCAAUAAAAACCACUUUUUAAUUUUUAA